GGCGUUUCGGCCGGCGGUUCAUUUCCGGUGGGGGUGCCGCGCCCAGUGAGGGCACGGAAGUGGGUCGCGCGAGGAUUGCUGGGCGGUUCUUGCCGGAAGUGGAGAGCGGCUGAUCGCAGUCCCGAGGUGCUACAUUAUGGCUGACAUGCAAAAUCUGGUAGAAAGGUUGGAGAGAGCAGUGGGCCGCCUGGAGGCAGUCUCCCAGGUCUCUGACAUGCACUGUGGGUAUGCAGACAGUGCUGCAAAAGCAGGAACGACUCCAUAUGUGCAAGCAUUUGACUCACUCUUGGCCGGUCCUGUGGCAGAGUACCUCAAGAUCAGUAAAGAGAUUGGGGGAGAUGUGCAGAAGCAUGCGGAGAUGGUCCACACGGGUCUGAAGUUGGAGCGAGCGCUCUUGGUUACAGCCUCUCAAUGCCAGCAGCCAGCAGGCAAUAAGCUUUCCGAUUUGUUGGCACCCAUCUCCGAGCAGAUCCAAGAAGUGAUAACCUUUCGGGAGAAGAACAGAGGCAGCAAAUUGUUCAAUCACCUGUCAGGUGUCAGCGAAAGUAUCCAGGCCCUGGGCUGGGUGGCUAUGGCUCCCAAGCCUGGUCCCUAUGUGAAGGAAAUGAAUGAUGCUGCCAUGUUUUAUACAAACCGAGUCCUCAAGGAGUACAAAGACGUGGAUAAGAAGCAUGUGGACUGGGUCAAAGCUUACUUGAGUAUAUGGACAGAGCUGCAGGCUUACAUUAAGGAGUUCCAUGCCACUGGCCUGGCCUGGAGCAAAACGGGGCCUGUGGCAAAAGAACUGAGUGGAUUGCCAUCGGGACCCUCUGCUGGAUCGGGUCCUCCUCCCCCCCCACCAGGCCCACCUCCCCCUCCAGCCCCCACCAGUUCAGGCUCAGAUGAGUCUGCUUCACGCUCAGCACUGUUUGCACAGAUUAAUCAGGGGGAGAGCAUCACACAUGCCCUGAAACAUGUAUCUGAUGACUUGAAGACUCACAAGAACCCUGCCUUGAAGGCUCAGAGCGCUCCAGUACGAAGUGGCCCCAAACCAUUCUCUGCAUCUAAACCAGGAGUCAGUCCUUCCCCCAAACCAGUCACAAAGAAGGAGCCAGCUCUACUUGAACUGGAGGGCAAGAAGUGGAGAGUGGAAAAUCAGGAGAAUGUUUCCAACCUGGUGAUAGAUGACACAGAGCUGAAACAGGUGGCUUACAUAUUCAAGUGUGUCAACUCAACAUUGCAAAUCAAGGGCAAAAUUAACUCCAUUACAGUAGAUAACUGUAAGAAACUCGGUCUGGUGUUCGAUGACGUGGUGGGCAUUGUGGAGAUAAUCAAUAGUAGGGAUGUCAAAGUUCAGGUAAUGGGUAAAGUGCCAACCAUUUCCAUCAACAAAACAGAUGGCUGCCACGUUUACCUGAGCAAGAAUUCACUGGAUUGUGAGAUAGUCAGUGCCAAAUCUUCUGAGAUGAAUGUCCUCAUUCCUACAGAAGGCGAUGACUUCAAUGAGUUCCCAGUCCCUGAGCAGUUCAAGACCAUAUGGAAUGGGCGGAAGUUGGUCACCACAGUGACAGAAAUUGCUGGAUAAGCGAAGUGCCACUGGGUUCUUUGCCCUCUCCCUCACACCGUGGGACAAAUCUGUAUCAAGACGGUUCUUUUUUAGAUUUCCUCUACCUUUCUGCUCUUAAACUGCUUCUCUGCUUUGAGAAGCACAGCUACCUGCCUUCACUGAAAUAUACCUCAGGCUGAGAUUUGGGGUGGGAUAGCAGGUCUUUGAUCUUCUGCAGGAAGGUGCAGCUUUUCCGUAUCAGCUCAACCAUACAGCCAGUCCAUUUUUCAGGAACUGCACAUCAGGACAGGUGUGUUUUAGCUUUCAGCCUUUGGGGUUAUUUGACCAACAAAUAGUCUUUGGGGAAGGAUAAAGCAGUCCCCAGGAAUUAACAGAUCACAAUGUUCACACAAGUUAAUCUUUUUCUAACAAUGAGCGUGAAGAUAGCAGAAGCUGGUGUGAUCCUAGUUGGUUCUCCUAACUUAAACUAAUUUUCACUAUUGACAAGUGAGGCAAGGGUUUGCACGGGACCAAAGGCUGAAGCUUGGCCAUCUAGCAUUCCAAGCAAAAUGAUUUCCUGUAAGCAUUCCUUUUCUUCUGCAUUCCAUCCUGCAUCUGCCCGAACCUGAGAUAGUAGGUUGUCCUGUGUUAGCUGCUGUGGUGGUGCCCUGCACCCAGGCCAGCUAAAGGACCCUUCCUCUCUCUGGGGCCCCUGCCCAGCACCUUCCUACAGAGAUGACUUAAAAAGAGAGAAAAAAAAAGGAAAACCACACCAUUCCCAGGAAUCUGGCUUCCCUUCCUCCUUCCAUGCUGGGUGCCCAUCAUCCGUCUUCAUUGCUUCCUUGCCCUGUCAUGCUCAACAGCUUUUGGCUUCUGUCUGGGCACCUGAACAGAGGACUAAAAUCUCCAUUGCAGGCUGGUUUUAGGUCUUGUGUAAAAAUCUUGCACAGCAUUGCUAAUGUAAAUUUCAGUUUUUCCUCUAGGACAAACACUUUACCAAAAUAUGCAACUUCUUUUGGUGGGAAGAGAGAUUGUCCUGUGAUUUCUACCCAUUUCCUGAGGCCUGCGGAAAUGAACCUUUAUGUACUUAAAGUUAUACAGAAAAUAGAAUAAAAUUAAUACCAAACUUG